AUGCCAGAAGUAAGAGAAGCAGAAGCAGAAGUAAGAGAAGCAGAAGGAGAAGUAAGAGAAGCAGAAGGAGAAGUAAGAGAAGCAGAAGGAGAAGUAAGAGAAGCAGAAGGAGAAGUAAGAGAAGCAGAAGGAGAAGUAAGAGAAGCAGAAGGAGAAGUAAGAGAAGCAGAAGGAGAAGUAAGAGAAGCAGAAGGAGAAGUAAGAGAAGCAGAAGGAGAAGUAAGAGAAGCAGAAGGAGAAGUAAGAGAAGCAGAAGGAGAAGUAAGAGAAGCAGAAGGAGAAGUAAGAGAAGCAGAAGGAGAAGUAAGAGAAGCAGAAGGAGAAGUAAGAGAAGCAGAAGGAGAAGUAAGAGAAGCAGAAGGAGAAGUAAGAGAAGCAGAAGGAGAAGUAAGAGAAGCAGAAGGACAAGUAAGAGAAGCAGAAGGACAAGUAAGAGAAGCAGAAGGAGAAGUAAGAGAAGCAGAAGGAGAAGUAAGAGAAGCAGAAGGAGAAGUAAGAGAAGCAGAAGGAGAAGUAAGAGAAGCAGAAGGAGAAGUAAGAGAAGCAGAAGGAGAAGUAAGAGAAGCAGAAGGAGAAGUAAGAGAAGCAGAAGGAGAAGUAAGAGAAGCAGAAGGAGAAGUAAGAGAAGCAGAAGGAGAAGUAAGAGAAGCAGAAGGAGAAGUAAGAGAAGCAGAAGGAGAAGUAAGAGAAGCAGAAGGAGAAGUAAGAGAAGCAGAAGGAGAAGUAAGAGAAGCAGAAGGAGAAGUAAGAGAAGCAGAAGGAGAAGUAAGAGAAGCAGAAGGAGAAGUAAGAGAAGCAGAAGGAGAAGUAAGAGAAGCAGAAGGAGAAGUAAGAGAAGCAGAAGGAGAAGUAAGAGAAGCAGAAGGAGAAGUAAGAGAAGCAGAAGGAGAAGUAAGAGAAGCAGAAGGAGAAGUAAGAGAAGCAGAAGGAGAAGUAAGAGAAGCAGAAGGAGAAGUAAGAGAAGCAGAAGGAGAAGUAAGAGAAGCAGAAGGAGAAGUAAGAGAAGCAGAAGGAGAAGUAAGAGAAGCAGAAGGAGAAGUAAGAGAAGCAGAAGGAGAAGUAAGAGAAGCAGAAGUAGAAGUAAGAGAAGCAGAAGUAAGAGAAGCAGAAGUAAGAGAAGCAGAAGUAAGAGAAGCAGAAGUAAGAGAAGCAGAAGUAAGAGAAGCAGAAGUAAGAGAAGCAGAAGUAAGAGAAGCAGAAGUAAGAGAAGCAGAAGUAAGAGAAGCAGAAGUAAGAGAAGCAGAAGUAAGAGAAGCAGAAGUAAGAGAAGCAGAAGUAAGAGAAGCAGAAGUAAGAGAAGCAGAAGUAAGAGAAGCAGAAGUAAGAGAAGCAGAAGUAAGAGAAGCAGAAGUAAGAGAAGCAGAAGUAAGAGAAGCAGAAGUAAGAGAAGCAGAAGUAAGAGAAGCAGAAGUAAGAGAAGCAGAAGUAAGAGAAGCAGAAGUAAGAGAAGCAGAAGUAAGAGAAGCAGAAGUAAGAGAAGCAGAAGGAGAAGUAAGAGAAGCAGAAGGAGAAGUAAGAGAAGCAGAAGGAGAAGUAAGAGAAGCAGAAGGAGAAGUAAGAGAAGCAGAAGGAGAAGUAAGAGAAGCAGAAGGAGAAGUAAGAGAAGCAGAAGGAGAAGUAAGAGAAGCAGAAGGAGAAGUAAGAGAAGCAGAAGGAGAAGUAAGAGAAGCAGAAGGAGAAGUAAGAGAAGCAGAAGGAGAAGUAAGAGAAGCAGAAGGAGAAGUAAGAGAAGCAGAAGGAGAAGUAAGAGAAGCAGAAGGAGAAGUAAGAGAAGCAGAAGGAGAAGUAAGAGAAGCAGAAGGAGAAGUAAGAGAAGCAGAAGGAGAAGUAAGAGAAGCAGAAGGAGAAGUAAGAGAAGCAGAAGGAGAAGUAAGAGAAGCAGAAGGAGAAGUAAGAGAAGCAGAAGGAGAAGCCAGCUGCAAAAGAGCAAUCCUUCAUGUAGGAGUUACAUACACAAAAGCAAUAAUAUUACUUCCUGUUUCUGUAUCUGUGCUACUCACUGGUAGAUGCUAA